AUGGAUGUCAAUGGGCAGGUGCCCUUUCCAAAGGGACCAUUUGAUGUGUAUAAUGAUGCCCAGGAGGUAUUCAGGCCCAGAGGCCAUCAGACAAUGGCUGGCUCAUACCAAGCAUAUCAGUGCAGACAAACUGGCAUCCAGAAUGUCACACAUGCACACUGGCUUGUGGAGGACAGUCUUGUCCCUCCUCCCUCUUGCUCCCCUACCACAUCAAGCGAACCUAAACUAGACCCUGAGUGCAUGACAGCAACACUCAAUGAAUCUCUACAUCAUGCCCUCUCUCCCAUAUGUGCCACAACUAAAUUUCACCACAUGACAUGCAGCUCCAUGUGGAUGCUUGGUCCCUAUGUCACACCCAUGCCCAAUGCUGGGUCCAUCCUGUCCAUGUUCAACACUCCAUUUAACCCACAUGAACUCAAGUACCCUAUCAACUGUUCUCAAAGUGGAUGGAAACCUGGUAUCUGCGAAGAAGUACAAGAGACUAUGAGAUGUGAUGGAAGCUCUGGGGGGUGGUUGAACAAACGAAGAACAUGCACUGUUUGCUAUUCUAGGAAAGACUACAAAGUACAAGACAGAUUCAAAGUAGAAAGACCUUGGCCCCCCUCUGGGAGCAGAGUGCUAGGAGGUGACCAAGUACUGCUCUUUGGUGAAAUUGCGAAGGCAGAGUGGAGAAACCAUGAACCAGUUCAAUCGACCAUGCAACAGGCAAGACUAUCUAAGUGGUUUGAACUCCUGUCAGGGGGAUGA